AUGGCGGUGUGCCCACUGCCCAAGGUCCUGGCGGCCUUGGUACUGGUGGCUAGCACUUGUCUGGGUGGGUUACAUUGCAUGGUUACGACUCGCAACUCGCCAGGACAAGGAUGGGAGCGGACUACGCCUUGGCCCAAGCCCUCCUACUUCCAAAACGGCACUCAGGUCGUGACGGUUGGCAACCUUGCACUGAGCGGGAACGGCAACACCAACGACCAAGUGACCGCGGCGUUUGGUCGUCUUCGCGCCGCAAUCGGCAACAAAACCUUGGUCUUUGGCCCGGACCAUACCCACGGAGUGCCCGCAACGUCCUCAUUGACCAGCGUCCAGGUGCAGCUCGACUCACAGGAUCUGACCCUCAAUGAGAACACGAACAACUCCUACAGCCUUGAGAUGACCACCAGUGGCCAAACCACUUCCGUUACUAUCCUUGCCAACAACGCAUAUGGCGCCAUGCACGCCUUGACCUCGCUGCAACAGCUCAUGGAGCAGCGUGUGGACGGCACAGUGGUCAUUCGCGGUGCCCCCUGGUUCAUUCAUG